GAAUACAAACAAACAAACGAUUACAAGAAUCGUUUGUGUUACUCGCAGUCACAACAAUGUCAAUUUCGCAGGAUGACAUCAGCGAACUGAAUUCCCCUAUAAAACCAGUACCUAGAAAAUCCAAAAAUCGGAACAAGGUAACUUCUCCAGUGGAGCAAUCGCCCCUUUCCAAUCCUUCAAAGAAAGAUGUUUUCGAAAUGUUCACAAUCAAAACGCCCUCAAUCCAGGGAAGGGCCAAAGUUUUGACCUCCGACAGCCAAGACACAUCCGAAUUAUCCGACGAAGUCUUCACCAAGCCGAAACCAGUCUCACUUUCAACUCCUAGUAAAUCAUACCGAGAAAAAAUUAACGCAAGGUUCAAAAAUGUAAAGGAAAAAGCUGGGAAAUCCACAAAGAAGGCAAACGUUUUCAAGGAAGCUGCAGAAAAUAUUCGGUUAGAAAAAGUGAAGAGGGAAAGUCACGACAUCGACGCCGAGCUUGAAUUAAUGAGAGAGCGUCUUAAACUGGGAAAACCUCCAGAUAACAAGCACAUUUUCGAGUUUUUUUCUAGUGAAAAAUGCCACGAAACUGAAGAGAAAGAAAGUGAAGACAAUUUUCAAUCAACUGACGAUCUGACCGACGACGGACCCGCACUAGUUUUUUCAUUACCUAAGCAAAUAAAAACGCUUCUAAGGAAAUCAGAAGACGCGUUAUUUUACACUCCUCAGGCAGAACCUGUUGACAUCACUGAUAAAAUCGAGACUGAAGAACCCAGAUUUUUGGAAGAUGAAGGCUUUUAUGUCACUUCCAGUCCCAAAAUACCUAACAAGCAUUUAUAUCUUUUGGAGCAGCGUUUGUCAUGUGACGAUAAAAAAUGGUUCAACUGUGAUGGAAAACUAAACAUUUUGGAAAAUCCCUGUCAAAGAAGCUCAUACCGUCCACGUUUGAAGCAUCUUCCAGUGAAAGAAAUUGCCACUUACUUACCGGCAACAACCGAAAGUAACGAAUGUGAAGAAAUUGUGGUUGUUAGUGAGAAUUUGCUCCAACUACGAGUUUUAAGUCUGAAAUUUACUCAUCACCCCUUAUUCAGUUUAGAACAUGUGCUUUGCCAAAAACUGAAGAAGUUGUAUUACGAGUAUGAAGAAAGUGUCACCAAAAAUGAGUUUAUGAGACUUUGUGGUAGAUUAGAAGGUUUGAGACGUGUUUUGAGACGUUUGGAAGAAAAUUCAAGUCAAUCAGGCGAUCAGUCAGAUAGAGAAGAUGGCAAAGUGGAAGCUUACAAGCGCGACAUACGAACACUGCAAGAACAAGUUUUCGAAGAAGGAAAAAAAGAGAGAGACCGUAUCAUUGAAAUUUUGCAAACGUGGAAAGCUAUUAAAAGCAUGAGAGAAAAUAACAAGUACUCGAACACCUCUCUGAAACUGAUAAUAAAGAAGGAGAAUGUCAAUUACGAGACGGAGAAAGAGAAUUUUGACAAAAACUUUGAAGAAACCUACGAAGAGUUUCUCCAAAUAAAUCGGGAAAAACCUCGCCGGAAGAGACAAACUGAAGAAGACAUCAGACAAGAACUGGUCGAACGUUUCAAGGAAAGUUUUAGGCCUCCUGGUGAGCCCAUCCUACAUUUUAUCUUAACAAACGAAAAUGAAAUAACCAAACAAGUGGAAAAUUCCAAAGAAGUGUCGCGAAGAACCGCUACUACAACCACCAAAAUCGCUCUCAAAAUACUUUGCAACAAGAUGGAGGUGUGUAAGACAAAAUGGCUGGCGCUCCAAGACGAUUUCGUUUGCAACUUCAACGAAACCAUAUCGAUUCAACUAACCAACGUUCCGAAAUUCCUCACACUUGAGAUAAUCGAGCAACCAAAGUCACUUAUUAAAAGGACCCUCGGAGAGUUGACGGUUAAAAUACCAGCUCGAAGUGUUUCAAAAAUCGAUAAAAAAAACGCCAAAUUUGAGAAAAACGAAAUCGUUCAUUACAAGCAUGAGGGGGUGGGAAGCGGCAUUAAAGUCGACUCUCUUGUGCAAAAUUUGGGCGAUUUUGAACUGAACACUUCGGGUUGUUUGACCUAUUCAUUGUCCUGGGAUGCGUCCGUGGCGAAUGAUAACAGUCCAGAUAACAGGGCACAAAUUUUGGGUGAGAUAAUAGACAAGAGUGGAACAAUAGAUUCGGAAAAACUGGUCCAGUGGAUGCAGCAGCACAACCCUGACCCCCAAGAUCCAAGAAAUUCGAUCUUGUACGAAUAUUCGCUUGACUGUGGCGAGGAAAUGGUUUCUGCAAGUAGUAAAAACUAUUUCCGGUUGAACGAACAAGAGUGGCAAUUUUGCGACCCGAAAAUAAUUGAGGAUAAUCUAAGGUUCAAAAUCUUGCAACUGCGGAACAAGAAUGAACCGGAAUUUGACCGAAUAGUAGUCCCAAACCGGAUCAAAGAAAUUCCUCUUGAUGUCUUAGCCGAUUAUAGAAGGAGGGUGGCGAUGGAACGGGAGAGUUUGGUUGAAGAGGAUGAAGACGAUGACGACGAAAUUGAGGCAAGAAGGAGCAAAGGGCGGAAGUUGUUGAAGCAAAUCCACAUCCGAGUGUUCCAAAAAUGCAAAAACUCCGAAAAUAAUCUCAGUUUUGAAGACGUGGUAGAUGAGAAAUUCAUGCCUCAGCUGGAGAAACUGAUCAAAGGCUUUGGUGCCAAUUUCCUUAGUUGGUUUCAGUGGCGGCCCUUGAAACCGCCGUUGUUUCCCUUAAAAACGCUUCAAGAAUCGAAAUCAAACGAUUACGAUUUGCAAAGUCGGGUCAAGAUUAACGUUCACGUAAUUUCGGGUUUAAACAUUCCUCUACGAGAGGGCAAAGCAAUGCCUUUUGUUGAGAUUCAGUACGGCAAUGCUACAGUUCGAACUGUUGCAAGUCAGGGAGCUCACCCGAACUGGAACGAGAAAUUGGUUUUGCCACUUGAACCGUCUCAUUUGGAUUAUUUGAAUCCAAAUUCGCUUAGUGGUAGUUUGAUUUUGAACGUUUUCGAUGAAAGUGAAGUAGUUUUGAUGAAAUUUGCGGGGCAGAAAGGCCGCACAUGGCUAGGGUAUGUGGAAAUACCCUUAUCAGCCGUUUGUAUUGGCAUGCAAGGCAUGUUUAGGGUCAAGGUGCCUCACAUGUUGCUGGGAUAUCAAGGCAAAACUUUGGAGACAACAAGAAGUAACUCUCAAAGUAAUCAACAAACUUACUUGAAUCUCCACGUUACUAUGGAACCUAAUGUUCCUAAACUUAAUCCUGCAAUAGACGAGCUUCCUUGUGCCGACGUUCCUUACAUUCAGGACUACGUUAUGAAAUGGAACACGGAUUACAACACCACUUUUCCAAACCGUAAAUUUUCAGUUUUGGCAAUUGAUGCAAACGCGACAACUUCAUGUAUCAUCCGCUACAUCAAGCCUCUGGAACCUCCCCAAAUAAACGUGGAAGGAUUUGAUGUGACACCUGAACAGUGUGCCCGAUUUGUCUCCCUGAUUCCCUUCACCGAUUGCAACCAGUUUUACAAAAAUAUUUGGCUUUCAGUUGAUCGAUUUUUGCAUUACAUGACUGGCUCAAUCAUUGACCACGCUGUAGCACUGACAUGUUAUCUCCUCGCGUUAAAACUGGAGGUUUGGCUUUUGCUAGGUUUUGGUAUUCCUCAUGGAGCCACUGCUUAUGUCCUUGUGAAAGAAUAUGACAACAAUCGGGUCGCAAACUUUUACGUUUAUGACGUCGUUUCAGGCAAUAAAAUCUACUUGACUGAUGCUUUUUGCCCCCUUCAACGAGUUUAUUGCCUCGUUAAUGAACACAACGUGUGGGCCAACAUUCAAAGAAAUGACGAUGUGACAGUGAUGAGAUUUGAUUUAACGCGACGUUCUGAUUGGUUACCUCUUUUUACCAGUCAAAUAUCAGCUCCAACCAAUUCAAUUCAUGGAAAAAUUACGUACUUGUCUCACACAAAUACAGACGAGUUGGAAAUUAUUCUUGACAGGAAAAUUCGGAAGCGUUUCGCCAAGCUGAGGCAACUUGAUCGAACUCUUUGGAACCAUGACGUUUCAAAUACUUUUAAAAGUGUUUUGGGUUCUUUCGAACAGGCGGAGAUGUACGGUAAAAGUAAUUCAGAUGCUUUAGAAAAAAUUAAGGAGUGUUUGGCUGGUUUUGAGAUGAGAGGACAGAUUUUCAAUUUACCGUUCACCAACUGUGCAGCGAUUGUAAAACACGUCAAAACGUUUGGAUUGCAUUUGGAGGAAGAUGCUAACGUACAGUUUGCAUGUGCUGUGUAUCUGAGGGCUUAUCCGAAUCAAGUUUUGACUGUUUGGGUCGCUCUAGCUGUGAUUAAGAAUAAAAAAACUGACGAUCCAUUACAAGAGGUAUUAUAAUUUUAUCCUUUGUAAGGUUCGAACAAUAAAAUGAAGCUUUUUUAACCAAAUUGUAUCAUUCAAACAAAUAUCAGAUGAAUAAAAA